CAUGCAGUAUUAUUAAUACUACCCAGGUUCGAGCCACUGAGCCCCCAUUGAGCCCUCCCUGCUGCGGCCUGCCCCCCUGCACCGCUCUGCCGCUGCCCCACCUCAUAUAAAUCUGGUUCGAAGCAAAGUUGUGGUGGCUGGGGGAGCCGCAGCCCUGAGGAAAGGUGGCCAAUUUUUGGACCACUACAGUACGUCACUACUACAAUAUUUGUAGAUCUACAUUGAAGCUUCAAAACGAAGCAAUUUUCUGAGCUUGAAUGCUAAUGGAAUUUAUCCGUUUCACUUUCUGAUCUGGCUAUUAAACCAUGAGCAGAGCGUUGGCAAAAAGUGGCAGCAUUGCAAAACCCUCCUCUUUUCCAAUAUCUGCCCGACAUCAGCCCAAUUAUCAGUGUCGAAAGUCUCUAUCGCUGGACCGUUUCUUCAGAACAGCAAACUCCACUUCUGUCAGAGCUACUCUCCCCUCCAGUUACCAAAGACAGGUGGUGGUUAGAAGCAACAUGGCCGCUGAAGCUAAGACCCAACCGGAAACUUCCCACCCCGCAAAGAAUGUCAACGAGGAAAGUUCAGAACCCACAGUGGCUGCAGGAUCAGAAUCUUCCCGCCCUGACGACCCGCAAGAGCGUCUCACACGGUGGGUGGCAGGCUGGGCAAAACCUCGGGACGCGCCGGGGAGGAUCGCGUUCCAUAAAGCGGACCCGAAUCCGAACUUGCUGAAGAAUCUAGAGAAGUUUCUGGGGCCAGAGCAAGAAGCGGGGGAGAACCGGCGGGUGCUUGUUCCGCUGUGCGGGAAGACAGUAGACAUGCCAUUUCUGAGUUCCAAGGGUUUGGAUGUGGUCGGGGUGGAAGGUAUCCAAACCGCAAUCGACGAGUUCAGGGAGGAGCAUCCGGACAUUCCUCUCGAAAGGCUGGACCGGACGUCCGAGGGCGGCUUCGAAGUGUACGCAGGGCCCGGGCUGAGCAUCUUGCGGGGCGACUUCUUCGAGCUGACGUCAGCAUCUGCGGGGACCUUCGACUUGUGCUUGGACCGUGCUGCAUUGGUGGCGGUUCAUCCUUCGUUGAGAGGAAAGUACGUCGCCGCUUUGGACGGAGUGCUCAAGCCGGGGGCGCGCAUCCUGCUAGUGGGCAUGAACUACAACCAGGAGGAGAUGUCUGGGCCCCCGUAUAGCAUCGACAUCAAGGAGGUAGAUCGCCUGUUUGGGAACGGCUACGAUGCCCAACUGCUAACAGCAAACGACGUUUUGAAGGAUUACCCGAAUUUUGUGGCGAAAGGAUGCACGGCGCUGAAAGAGGAUGCGUUCUUGCUGGUGAAGCGUUGAUCUUAGUGGAGAUCAGUGCGUGCUAGCGGUAGUGUAUUAUUGCGCCUUCGUUACUCCUAUCGAGCCGCCCAGUGGCGGUUGACGAGACGGUCGGCUUGCUGUGCUUAGAGAAAGCCUCUUGAAGGUCGAAACCUGUAUAGGCGCGCGAUAACCCUGCACUUGAAGCUUGGUGCUAGGUUGGACUCUCAUUCGACGGUCUACUUCAACAUUUGACAUGAACUGAAGGUGACGGUUGGCCUCACUUCACAAUUCAACCGAACCUUCGUUUAGCACUGAUUCGUUUGGAAUGAAUGCGGC